ACUGAAGAUGGAGAUCCAUCUACCUAGUUUGCCUAUGAUGAAAAUCCUCUCCUAUCUGGAUGCUUACAGUUUGCUACAGGCUGCCAAAGUGAACAAGAACUGGAAUGAACUUGCAAGCAGUGAUGUCCUGUGGAGGAAGUUGUGUCAGAAGAGAUGGCUCUACUGUGACAGGGUCACCCUACAGCUCCAUGGCUUAGAGACAUGGAAGCAGUUCUUCAUUUCCAGAACAUGGCAAGAACACGCCAAGACCCGGGCAAAGCCAGAAGAUUUCAAUUACAAAGAAAUUCCUGUGGCAUUUGAAUUUCGGGCACAUCCAUGUUAUAUCUCAAGGCAUGGCUUAAUAAGAAAUGGACAAGGGAAGUCUGCUGUCUGUAUGGUGACUUCCACGAAUAGGAUUUCGACCUGGGAUGUUCACGAGGGUGCUAUGACCUGGGUAAGCCCAGUACAACCCUCCUAUAUCACACGGAUGACUACCCUCCCUGAGAUGCACAUUGCAGUCACUAUAGAUAUGCAAUCAAAUAUCAAACUGUGGGACUGCCACAACAGGAAAGUUUUGGCGACUACGGGCCUGUUGUCUUCCUGUCAAUUACUACAAGCUGUCUUUACAAAUGAUAGCCCAAUUGUCUUGGUAGGUGAUAUCUUGGGAAACCUCUACAUCUUUAGGAUUCCUGACUUACACCUCAUUUCCAAGGUGAAUGUAUUCCCAUACGGUAUUGAUGAACUUCACUGCUCUCCUCAGAAGAAAUGGGUCCUUCUGAUAGGGAAACAAAGACAUGUCUUGACAAAGGUGUUUUACAUGAGCAGCUUACUGAGGACAUCAGAAUUCUCUGCCCCUGUGUCUACCGAUCUCAAAUUUUCAUUGUGCCAAAGAGCCUUCUGGACUCCAAGAAGGGAAGACAGGAUAACCUUGAUGUCCAGUACUAUACCCCCAGACCCCACAAAAUUUGCCACAUUUGAUAUGAAGCUGGAAGAGAUCGAGAACAAAGUAACUAUUCAAGGACAUUUGGUAGCUAGUUUCUCUUUGCAAGACUGCAAGGAGCGCGCAGAAUGGAUGGGAGUCAGUGAUAAGGAUGUGAUUGUUUGUUCAACUGGAUCCUCUCUCUUGCUCUUCGACAUAAAUGGUCUCCGUCUGCAGACAUUUCAGUACUGCCCAGAAGAAAUCUUGAGACUCUGUGUGGACCCUGUUCAUGUCAUUGUCACCUGUAACAAUGGCUCUUUGGAUGUGUACGUGUGGGAGGAGAGAAGCCCACUGCUUAGGAGGUGUUAUCGACUACGAAAAAGGGGAUAUCUGCCACUGUCUGGCUUCAUUAUCAAAACAUUAUGUGAUGAAUCAAGCAUAAUUUUAGUGAUGACUAGUAGUCCCAUUCCCUGCUUUCUGAUGGCAUAUACCUUGAAAGUCUGCUCUUGAAAACUGAGUGGGUUGUGUGUCCUUUUCCUUAAUGAUAAUAAAGAUAUAUUUGCA